UUGGUUUACAUUGCUGGCUGAGAUUUAGCUACGGCUCCAUUCACUCCCCUCUCUUUUUCACAUCUCUCUUUCUAAUUCCUUGCCAUAUGUCUAUCAGCAGAGUCCCCCGAACAGAUAUUUGAUUAUCAAAGCCGCCCGGCUGAAAAGGCUCAACUCUCUCUGCCACCAAAACCCCCUUUUCUCCCACCACAUUAAGAUUCCGAGUGUGUCGACACACCACCAGUGGCCUGGUCCUAUAACUCCCCCAGGGGAGGGAGGGACUAUAACCCCAGCUGUACUAGACAUAACAGCCUGACUGGUGCUGUGCUGUUGGGCACACUGGUCAUCAAAGAGGCUCCAUACAGAUUGCCCAUCAUGUGCUAUGUCCACGUGGCAGCAUUUGAAUGGCCAAAUUAGAGUGGAGUGAAUACAUUUCAUUGAUUGAAUGUAGUUGUAUUGUGUGCCUGCCUAAAGCUAAUUAUCUCGUGAACUUGAGAAUAAUGCUUUUUUUUAAAUCUUGUGAACUAAAGCUCUGACAGGGGGGCAUACUGCGGUGAGAUGUACUCACGAGACUCACAGGCUUCCAUCCAUACUAAUGCUGACGUGUCACGGUCACAUGCACAACUGUAUUAUUGCGGGAUAAAACACGUGUUUUUGGAAGAAUAUGAUUACACUGGUGCGGUGCUGAAGGAGAAAAGGACUGUUUCGGUUCUGAAGGAGAGUUGAAGAUGCUGAGUACGGUGCUGACGCCGAUGAAGAUUACAAUGAAUAAAAGUCAUAGCGGCAAUGGAUGCAUGUAUCUGGUAAGGUUAGCCUGGCUAUAGCAGUUUCUUUAGGAGUGGAAACACAGGGAAUAAUCGGUCCCUUCAGGAGAGAGAGCGAGAGACUGGGCAGUGGAUAUGUUUUUUUAAAUGCCAAUAUCAAUAUUGACUGUGGUGGAAUGUCCUGUGGCCAGGAGGGAUGCGUACUCAAGACUGGGCUGACCUGGUUUCACACAGUCUUCUCUUUGUGUUGCCCUCACUACACCCACACAACUCCUCCACAGGACUGGUUUUGGAGUGCCAGUCCAAACUGCCAGAAUGUUGUUAAGAAUCUCCAUGAUCUCAGCUCUUCUUGCAUACUUCCUGCUGUUUGGUUUUGCUCUUGAACGUGAAAAGCAAAGGGAUGGAGGGGUGGAGAAGGUUAAGGAGAAGAAGGUCGGAGAUGUCAUUGAAGUACAAAGGGAUUUGAAGGUGGGAAAAGACAAUAAAGGAAAGAAGAAGAAGGUCGAAGGUGUUGUUGAGGUCAAAAGGGAUCCAAAAGUGGGACACAACAAGACAGGACAGAAGCUGACCCGGAACGAAAAGGUCAAAGGCAAGGAGACAGGAAGUCCAAAAAGUGACAAGGAGCCAAGGAACGACACUCUCUGCUCCAGCAUCGGUGGCAUCUGCCAACGCAGUUCCUACGUCUGUCAGGGGAGGUACCUGAAGGACAAGUGCGCUGCACCUAAGACACACCAGUGCUGUAUGCCAGCCGGGGCUUGGAGCGUCCUGUGUGCCGGUCACCAUAACAACAGAGUGAGGGGUUGUGACUUGUUUGGCUGUGGGGGCUUCAACUCUAGAAGAGAUGGUGACAGCCUCCACAAGGCAGUGGAUGUGGUGUGUGACGAUUACAGCAUUGUCAACGCCCCCUUCUCAGGUACCCUGAGGGGGCCAGUGGUCGGUAUCCAGUACGAUGGCGUUAAACUUACCAACUCUGAGUACUGUGUGAAGAUCUUCAACAUCCGUCCGUACCGCUACGUGGGGCCCAUCUCUCAGGGGGAGGCCCUGGGUUACCUGCUGCCCCUACAGGAGCGCUUCUCUGGCAUCACUUCACACAUGGAGUUACAGAUGUGUGACCGCUCCGACCCAUCACCGUACAUCUGAACACUCCUGGGCCACAUGUGACAGGCCUCUAUAGACGGAGGCUGGGGGACGCUAAGACUUUUUUGAAACCCAAAUACUGAUUUCCCUAAUAUGUGAUGGGAAAAAAACCUCUCUCCACCCAUUCACUUUGACCACAUCCCUAGUACUAUAGAUAAACUACAACCAUAUUUCUCUUGGUAUUCGUCUCUAUGGUCCUCCCAUGUGAGUGAAUAGGCCAGGUACAACUGCAAUUGUCCUUUGCACCAGCAGAGGGCGUUAAACAACAACAUGUUCCGAGAUGCAGUAUUCAUAAUGUACCACAAGAUGAUGCUACACCUCAACACAAACCUCUGUGUUGAGCUGAAAAUGUAUCACAAAAAUAGUUAAUCCAUGCCAACUUCAAUUAAAGUGUGUGUAGGGACUACUAUUUGGAUGGCACUCUUAAGUUAACAAAAAAAAGAAGGCAAACACAGUGGAAAGCAGUACUCCAACCCCCUUAAUUGUGUCUUUUUCAGCUAAUUUUAUCAGUUGUGUCUUUCUAAAUGUAUUUGUGUUUUUCCAUAUAUGAAUGUAGUGCAUGUUCAAUAAAAAAGGCAAAACCAACACUUUAUAACACA